UUCACCAAGUGUGAGACAGAAUUAACAAGGUGGUUUUCAAUGAUUGCCAGCUUCGUAUCAAUCAGUCUGUAUCAGUCUGUAUCUCAGUUCUACUUCAAACAGUGCGUGUGAUUCAGUGCGUGACUUCCUUUCUUUAAAGCACACUGCUCUGAUCUACCUGUUUGGUGAGUUCACUUAAUAGAAAACACACCUGAUAAAAGAGAACACACAGUAUAUCGAAGGAUAGGUACAGGCGCUUGUUGCUGCGUGCUGUCAAGUUCUCUCAAAGGACGUGUAGAGAUGCUUCGCUUGGUCGUGUUUGCUUUGUUCCUUGGUAUCUGUGCAAGUGCUGGUAAACAGAAAAAGAAAGAGACGCCUCAGUCCUUGUCCAGAGGAUGGGGGGACAGCAUUCGUUGGGUCAAAAAUUAUGAAGCGGGCCUGUCGGAGAUGGUCAAACGUAACAAGCCUCUGAUGGUCAUCCAUCAUCAAGACAACUGCCCACACAGCCAAGCGCUGAAGAAGGCAUUUGCUGCUGAUAAGUCCAUCCAGAAAAUGGCGGAGAAGGACUUCGUCAUGGUCAAUCUUUUGCUAGAGACCACGGAUGAAAAUAUAGCCCCCGAUGGCCACUAUGUUCCCAGAAUCCUCUUUGUUGAUCCAUCCAAAACUGUGCACACUGAAAUUGUAGGAAAGUUCCCGACCCACCGCUACACCUACGAGCCGGCUGACAUGAUACUCUUGGCCAAAAACAUGAAGAAAGCCAAAAUAAUAUUGAAGGCUGAACUCUAACACGUUUCAAUCUGAGAUCGGACUUCUCUCCACCCGAGUCAUGCUGGUCCGCCUGCUCAGUGUUCAGAGACUGACAUUUUUACCUUCUCUUCAGAGCUCAAUAAAACCAAAAUAAGUAAUUAGAAAGUAGAGUGUCCAUUUUAUUAUACUCCAUAGUAAUUGUGCCGACAGUACCCUGGUGCUGUUGAAGCUUGCAUGCAGGAUAACUUAUUAACUCAUAAUUGUUAAGUUCAAUUUGAAUUUAAUUUUAAAAAGCAUGGUAUUAUUGUACUUAGAGCUUUUAAAGGAUGAGUCAUUUUGGGACGUACGCUUAUAAAGCAAAAUUAAACUCUUCCUCUACUGUUCUUUUAUCAGCU